AUCCAUAUUGAUGCGAGGAUAGAAAAGAAGCCUUGGGCUUUCAGAGGUACUAAGAUAUUCGCGGUUGGGUGUAACGCGACAAGCCUUGUAUUUGUGUGAGAGAUGAAUAGUUGCCUUUUCAAGAUGGAGUAGCGAUAUAUGUCACAUUCAACAUGGAAGUGAGGGACGUUUUAAGAAAUAUUCAGUGGACUUGGCUGGUCUUGGUACCACUUUUUGGACAAGCAAUGGCGUUGAGUAACACCGACCAGACUGCCCUCCUCGCUACUCUCAUCCCAAUCACCAUAAUCCUGUUAGUAGUGGCCACUAUAUUCAUCAUCAGAUACUACAAAAAACUAAAGGAAGUUCGAAAGAACAAAAAACGCAAAGAUGCCAAGGAAAUGAUGAUGAUGAGGGACAAUUAUGCACACCGGUCACCCCACAGUGUCAUUUCCUCUGCAACUGGUACGAGGAUUCCAGACAUCAUGGUGAACGGUCAGCCCAAACCAGGGAUGCAGCCAAAGCAAGGAAAGUCGGACUGGACGUGGACUCCAGAGAACGGCCAGGUCAAGCGCCCCACUCCAGCACUGCCAGGCGUCGUCCCUCAGAAACCAUCGACAGGCGUGGCCAAGAAGGUCAGCAAGAAAAAGGGCGCCAAACAGCCAGAGAAUGCCACACCACCGCUGCCUUACCCGCCGUUCAAACAGCAAUUGUACGCAAAAAAUACUUCACCGCCUCUGCCUUUCGAAGAGCAGGUCAUGUCCCUGGAUAUGGUCUCCGAGCUUGGUGACGUUGAUGAUCGAGGUUAUGAUAAUGAGGUCUUCGAAGAUGAUGAAAAACCUGCGAGUCCCACCUGUGAUAGAGAAGCCUUCAUGAUGCAACGAAUAACUGACGAACUGAACUUACAAGAUGUAAAUGAAACGUCAAAGAGAGACAGCUUGAAUCCUCAUGUCAAGGUCGAGGUCGAGGACUUCGUAGGCCAGGUCAACGAGGAUGAUAUCUAUGCCGAGGUUUACCCAACGAAGACUAUUCCGUCUGAAGUUUACUUCAGCGAGCGUUUGUAUAAUUCCGUCGAGAAACCGAAGCCAGAACCUAGUGCGCUGGCGUUGCCCGAAGCUGAGAUUAUCCUGGAGUUAGUUGAGAUGAUUGACUUCAGUUCUCUUGUGUAUGCUAAGGACAUUGAAGACGAGUACGUCCGGUUAGAGGAGGAGGAGAAGAUGAAAACACCUAAAUUAGUAAAGGCGGAGUCUGUCGGCGCCCUGUUCGAGACGCAGCAGAGUAAGGUGGUGCAGCAAGUGAACAUACCACCUCCGCCCCUUGCUGCCAAAGAGGGGCAGCCAUUCCUGGCACCACAGAUGAUGCAGCAACCCCAGCCAAUGUAUCCUAUUCCAGCUCCAGUUGGCUUACCGAUGGGAGGCCCACCUCCUCAACACUUUCAGGAGGUACAGAGAGAGCGACCGAAGAGCACCAAGAGUAACAAGAGCUGGAAAUCCAACAAAUCCAGCAAAUCGAACAAAUCGAACAAAUCAAAUAAAUCUAAAAUAUCGAAGAAAAUGGUCCCGAAACGCCAGGCCCAGAAAUCUGAUUUUGCUGGGCAGUGUCAACAGGACCAUAUCGCCCGAGAAACAGGGUUCGCGAGGAACCCGGAUAAUGAUGAUUACGCUGUAGUACAAAGACCUAAACAACCAGUGGUCCCACCCAAAAACUUCAAAGAGUCACCACAGGUAACACAGGCCAAAAUGCAAAACCGGCAAGAUGAGGACGAAGAGGAACUCUUGAUUCCAGACAUGGGUUUGUUCGACUUAGACGAAGGUGCCAUGCGCAACCAUCAUGUUCGCUUGAAGAAACCUGCCGAUAACCCACCUUACCGUGAGCGAAAGGACUCCGGCGACUCACUGAGUGAUGACAAUCGCCUCUCAGCCGACGCAGAAGUUAACGCUAUCUUCGCUUCGAUAUUUCAAGAUCAUUCCCGCGGUGACACCAGCGAGGACGAGUUAGAGGGACCACGCACACCUCGCACACACGCACCACAGAGGGCACCGUCUCCGGCACCACCUGUGGCAGCGCCCAUCACUCAGGAGCAGUUAAUAAAUGAACAGUUAGACAAGCAGGAAUGCAGCAAAACACCCGAACCAGUUCCAUCGACAAGCAAGAUUGGCCCAAAUAUUGAGCCAGAUAGGUUGCGUCACGACGAAGCCCAUGAUGUAGAGUCUGUAGAAUCGAAUCCAAAAAACGGUUCAGGAGGCCGCCCCAUGGAGACUGACUAUGAAAACAACUGGGGUAAACUGACGGAUGAUACCCUUCCGCGCCAGGAUUACUAACUUGUACGGAGCUUCAAACUGAAGUACCAAUUAAACAAAUUGACAUUAAGGUUGGACUGAAAGUGGCUUCAAUUCUGAAUGGGAUUUGGCAGUGAGCUGUCGGCGAAGUCGUCAACACGGUUGCUAAAGGUAUCGGUUUGCCCAGAGUCUUUCAAAUAUAUUUGAAGGACUCUGGUUUGCUCUACUCUAAGGUUUGCCUAAGAAAAAGACGUGGUUACCUGGAGAGGAAAUGACGACACAAAAGAAACAUACAAAAGAGUAGUUCAUUUUGAGGGGCGAGGCCCGCAUUUCUUAUUUUUAUCCGAUUGUACCCCUCCUCCAACACUGUGAUGGAAGGGCCUUGUUUCUAUUGAUUUGCAAAGGUAAACCGAUACCUUUACCACCGUGGUCAACUGGGAAGACAAUAUCAUUGUUGGCAUUCAUGAAUCUCCGGCAUGGCCAGGCAACCAUUUCAAUGCAAGGGGUGCUGGUGGACCUCUCGACGAUCCAGCGGUGGUUUCCAUCGCCCAGAAAGGAACAUGAGAGCCGUAAAUCUUUUUAGAAGAUAACGGAUGCAUGUAUGCCGAUUGUCACCUCGUUUUGUAUCAGUGUGUACCAAAAUGAUAUACUUAUACAUAUGUAUUAUAGUUGUACGGCUAGAUUCUGUGAUUCAAAAAGUAAGAGAUAUCAAUAAAAUAUGUAGUUUAGCAGUUUUCU